AUGGAGCUAGGCAACAACACCAGGAUUUCAGAAUUUCUUCUUCUGGGAUUUUCAGAUGACCUAGAACAGCAGUCCCUCAUUUAUGGACUUUUCCUCUCCAUGUACCUGAUCACUGUGCUUGGGAACCUGCUCAUCACCCUGGCCAUCAUCUCAGAUUCUCACCUCCACACCCCUAUGUACUUCUUUCUCUGCAAUCUGUCCUUUGCAGACAUCUGUUUCACCUCCACCACGGUCCCCAAGAUGCUGGUGAAUAUUCAGACACAGAGCAAAGUCAUUACCUACACAGGUUGCAUUACCCAGAUUUAUUUUUUUUUGCUCUUUGCAGAGUUGGACAAUUUCCUCCUGGCUGUGAUGGCCUAUGACAGAUUUGUAGCCAUCUGUGAUCCCCUGCACUACACAGUCAUCAUGAACCCCUGGCUCUGUGGCUUGCUUCUUCUGGGGUCCUGGACUGUGAGUGUGCUUCACGCCUUGUUGCAAAUCUUCAUGGCUUUGCAGCUGUCUUUCUGUACUGACUUGGAAAUCCCUCACUUCUUCUGUGAACUCAAUCAAGUGGUCCAAAUUGCCUGUUCUGAAAACUUUCUUAAUGACCUUGUGGUGUAUUUUGCACCUGUGCUGCUGGCCACUGGUUCCCUCACUGGCAUCCUUUACUCCUACUCUAAAAUACUUUCAGCCAUACAUGGAAUGUCAUCAGCUCAGGGGAGAAGUAAAGCCUUUUCCACCUGUGCAUCUCACCUCUCUGUUGUCUCUUUAUUUUAUGGCACAGGCCUAGGCGUGUACGUUGGCUCUGCCAGAGUCCACAGCUCACACUCAACUGCAGCAGCUUCAGUGAUGUACACUGUGGUCACCCCCAUGCUGAACCCCUUCAUCUACUGUCUGAGGAAUAAAGACACAAAGAGAGCUCUGAAAAGACUAUUUGGAAUGAAACUAUAA